AUGGAAGCUCAAAGGUGCAAGCCAAGUGAAAAGAUCAAGGGGAAAAAGCCCCCAAAAGAUCAAUGUCACCCUGGUGAUGAAUGCUUUUCUGGUCACAUAAAGGCAAUUCUUGCCAUCAACGACUUUGACAAGGGUGGUGAAUGUAGUGGCAAAUAUUACCACAACUCUGUCCCCGUGGUGGCUCUGUCCACCGGAUGGUACAGUAAAGGGAGACGUUUUGAAAACAUUACCAUCCAUGCGAAUGGGAGGAGUGUGAAAGCCAUGGUUGUCGUUGAAUGUGAUGCAGGUAGAGGUUGUGAUUCUCCACAUGCAUAUACCUUCCAGGCUUCCACCUUGCCAGAAUAG